GUUGUUGCACUUGCCUGUAUACAGACGCCCUUCUUCUUCAGGAAAGCGCUGGUUCGUCCGCAUGCUGAGUGUUGUCUCUGUCACUUUUGUUCGAGCGAGAGAAAGCCAAAAAAGCGCCCAUGCGGAUGAGGUUCAGUCCUUGUUGGCAUGCAGCCGCGAUCUCGCUGCUCCAGACCUGCUCAGCAGGGGAGGGCCGUCACGUCCACCACGCACGAGACGCACCACCCCUUGCAACACCAACGGGAGCAUCGCCACCACUGCCGCUGAUGGCCUACGCGUUUUCCCCGUCAACAAGAAGAGCGUUACAUCCAGCUACAACCACCACCUCCUCCUGGAGAAGCUUGGCCUCAAAGCCUCGCCCCGGCCACCGCCACCGGUCCGCCACGCAGAAAACCACGCGGAUGAGCGAGGCGGCACGCCCCGGCGCCGACAGCGGCGUUGCCCUGUGGUUAGACAUGCGCACCGCCGUUCUCCCCGCCGCUCAGACCCUCAAGACGCUGUACGGCGAACUCCGGCAGAGGGAGGAAGCGCUAGGGCGCAGCCCGGAGGAUCCGGACUGGACCCUGAGCCGCGUGCCGAACCCAGUCGGGGCGUUGCUCUACGCGGCGGAGCCGGAGGAAAGGGCGGCGGAGGAGAUGGCGGCACUCGGCGAGGGCGCGGCGGCGUUCCCGUGCUUUCGGCUGGGCGGCACCGACGGCACAGCAGUAGUGGUGGAUGUUUCGAGCGGGCACGUUGUAGGGGUUGGGGUCGACCCCGUCGGUGACAGCGCCUCCGGGGGGGCUGCGGGUAGUUCGGCGGCCAUGGGCAUUGUCGUGGCGGCACAGCAGCAGCGCGACGGCGGCGGCCUCGUGUUUUUGCCGGGGGUGCGGCCGUCUGUUUGGGAGAGCGGGGACAUGGGCACGGUUCUCCGCAUUGCCUCGAGCGCCUGCGCCGGGGCCGGGAAGACGCUCGUCGUCACGGUGAGGAGCGUGGGGCAGCUGCACGAAGCGGCCAUGGCGGCGUUUGCGGCGUCGCAGACAACAGUGCUCGGUGCGGGCGGGACGGGCGCGGCCGAGGGCGGCACUACUCCUCCGCCGAUGGCGUUGCUCAUUGAGCCCAUGCCCGAGCUUUGGGAAGCUGGAUUGCUGUACCUUUGACCUGAUACUGUUGCGCCCGGUAGAGACAGAAGUACUGCUGGUUUGUGUGGUGCAUGAGGGAACCCUCUUCGGCUGUCCUCAAAUGAUCGAGGCCUUAUUGGAUUGACACCUGCUUGGUUUAGUUGGCGUGCAGGGUGGUCAAUGCAGAUGGAGAUUCACUGGUUUGGGACUUUUGUCCCGAAACGAAGGCCGUCAUGUCUUGACCCGACGCUCUGGG